AUGGGGCGGUACUCGGGGAAGACGUGCCGCCUCAUCUUCAUGCUGGUGCUCACCGUCGGCUUCUUCGUGGCCGAGCUGGUGUCGGGCUACCUGGGCAACUCCAUCGCGCUGGUGUCCGACUCCUUCAACAUGCUCUCGGACCUCAUCUCCCUCUGCGUGGGCCUCUCCACGGGGCGCAUCGCCCGCCGCAGCCGCCGGGGCCCCCGCGCCCACUACGGCAGCCGUGCCGAGGCGGUGGGGGCCCUCAGCAACGCCGUCUUCCUCACCGCCCUCUGCUUCACCAUCUUCGUGGAGGCCAUCCUCCGCCUCGCCCGGCCCGAGCCCAUCGAUGACGCCCAGCUGGUGCUCAUCGUUGGCACCCUCGGCCUCGCCGUCAACCUCGUGGGGCUCCUUGUCUUCCAGGACUGGGGUGCCUGCUGCCGUCGCCGCCCUCCUGCCCCGCCACCCGCGGCCACCACGCUGCAGGCCGUGCCCGGCAGUGCCCCGACGGGGGAGGCAGAUGAAGCAGGUGCCUUUCGGCUGCAUCCUCGCCGCCUUGCCUCGCCAACUUAUACACAACACAGCGUUUCUUCUUUGAAUGCAGGUGAUUCACCAAAUGACCAAAAAAGCCCUGAAGAGGGGCCUGAGAAGAAAAAAGAGAAAAAGUCUGAAGCCUUGAACAUCAGAGGUGUUCUUUUGCAUGUUAUGGGCGAUGCACUUGGAUCUGUGGUCGUGGUAGUUGCUGCUACAAUCUUCCAUGUACUUCCUCUGGGGAAUGAUCCAUGUAAUUGGCAGUGCUACAUUGAUCCAAGCCUGACAAUAAUUAUGGUGUUCAUCAUCUUGUCUUCUGCGUUCCCGCUUAUCAAGGAGACCUCAAUUAUUUUGUUGCAGAUGGUUCCCAAAGGUGUUAAUAUGCAGCUACUGACUGACAGACUAGCUCGUGUACCUGGGGUUAGCAGCCUUCAUGAGGUGCAUGUUUGGGAGCUUGCAGGUGGGAAGAAUAUUGCUACUCUUCAUAUCAAGUGCCAAACCCCUACUGAUUACCAAGAUGCUGCUUAUAAAAUGCGGAAGGUUUUCCACGAAGCAGGGAUCCAUUCUGUGACCAUCCAGCCUGAGUACAUUGACCACAAGACCUCCCAGCUACUGUGCAGCUCACCCUGCAUCUCAAAAGCUUGUGACUCUCAGCUGUGCUGCAGUCAGCGGGAGCCCCCCCUGGCUAAAACUAACGGCUAUACUGAGAAAAAUGAGAGUUGCCUUUCUGCACCGCAUAAAGACAAUGGUUCAAGUAAAAAUGAUGUUGAAAUCCCUAUCGAGUACCCACUGGCAGAGGAUAACAUAAAAAAUCAUGGCGUGUCUGAUGGCAAAUCACAGCUGAGCAGUACACGACUUUAG